AUGGAGAGGGUGCCACGGGUCCACCGGCGUCGAGGUGGUGCGCCGGACAGCUAUAUUAUGGAGUGCGACGGGACCACCGGCGUCGAGGUGGUGGGCCGACGCCAGAUCGCUAUGGAGAAGGUGCGACGGGUCCACCGGCGUCGAGGUGGUGGGCCGACGCCAGAUCGCUAUGGAGAGGGUGCGACGGGUCCACCGGCGUCGGAGUGGUGCGCCGGACAGCUAUAUUAUGGAGUGCGACGGGCCACCGGCGUCGAGGUGGUGGGCCGACGCCAGAUCGCUAUGGAGAAGGUGCGACGGGUCCACCGGCGUCGAGGUGGUGCGCCGGCGCUAGAUCGUUAUGGAGAGGGUGCGACGGGUCCACCGGCGUCGAAGUGGUGCGCCGGCGCCAGAUAA